AUGUCCAAGUCGGGCAAUUUGGCUGCCUUGUCGGCCGUGCUCAACCCGUCCGACAAGCCUACAAUAUACUACGCUGAAGACCCCCCCUACCUACCUCGAAUCCUCAUCUUCUACUCCCCUGUCCAGGCUGUUGGCUCUUUGUCGACCACCUCCCGUAUCCGUGCCACAAUCCUCAGCGCAGCCGGAUUCAAAAGUUUUGGUGCAUUCUCAGUCGCCCCUAAUAGCAGCUACUACUCUGCCGUCCAUAAGUUGCCAGAGGACAGACAAAGGGAUGAUGUCUGUCGUGGCAUCGCAUUCGCUCUAUGCAGAUACUUCUCAGAGGUACCGACCGAGGUAAAAAAUGCGAUUGCAGAAGAAGUCCAGCAAGAUGGACUGGGAUUGAAAUGGGGUCAGUCGCACGCUGCCCAAGUGACAUGUCGUAUGAGCAAGGUCUUGAACACAGACGAGAUACUCGAUGCGUUACGACCUUUCUCAAAGGAGAGACCCACGAGUCCUAUCUCGCCCGUGAAACCACUGGCCUCCAUCAGGAAAACCCGACCUUCCUUUCUUCCAGCAGAUGCCGCUAAUAUCGCAUCUACUCGCCAUACCCAUGCAGCCACACCAGGUCGGAGGGUACCAAGUGGCAAGUCAACUCGUUCCACUUCAACUUCAACCCCUGGACCUAGGAAUUCUGCACCAAAACACUCAUUGGACCAGCUAGAGUCACUGCGCUUCAAGAUGUGCGAGUUUGUCGACACAGAAGACAGAUAUAUCACCAGACUACAGGAUUUAAUCGAUCUUGUAACAACCCAGGGCCGGACCCCAAAAUCCCUGACUUCGAAAUUCGCCAGCUCUCGCAAUCAGAAAGCAGUCAAUGCCAUGAUUCAAUUUCCGUCUCUGCUGGACCAAAUCAAAGACAUAAAUCUUGCAUUCCUAGACGACAUCGAGACAGCCCUACAGAACUCAGAAGACGCAGCUCUGACUUUCCUAGAAGAAGCGCAGUCCAACCCGGCUCUGUUUCAGAACUCCAAGGAUCCUAUGGGCAUAUACACCUUUGCCAAAGUCCUCCUUGCACAUUUCCCCAAAUUCCCAAUGCCAUAUCGAGAAUACUUAGAUCUUCACGCUCAGAUCUCAUCGAAUCUGACCCAAUACUUGAAAGAGGGGACCACAUCCGUCCAACAAGCACCAUCAUUGCUUAUGGAGCCCGCACAACGAAUAUCACGAUAUGGGCUGUACAUCGACACCAUGCUGCCUCACGUACCCACCCACUUCACCGUCGCCGUGCGCGCUCUAGAAAAAGCACGUAAGAUCAUCGCCGAAAUCUGCGAAAUGGAACCCGCCGCAUCCACCAUCCUCGACUCUCUGCGCAUCGAGCACGAAUUCCGGAAAGGAGCACUAUCCCCCACAAAACUUCUCUCCGGCCUCACACGAUCCAACGGCACUGUUCGAGAAGCACCCGCCUUAACCGGUAGUACAAGAGACCGAGGCAAACCUCGCUUCUUCCCCAGCUUAGGACGAAGUCUAAGUCGCCGACCUAAAUCUACGCGACCAGGCCUGUCUGGUAUCCUCUCAGAACAAGAUCCGGACCAAGCCAGCAAUAUCAACAGUUCGACAUUCCAAAUCUCAACACGUAGCGAUGAGAACCGGCCACACACAGGCAGUUCGGGCAUUUCAUUCCGAUCACUCUCAACCAAGAGACCUCAAACCGCUGGCUCGGGCCGGUCGGCGCCUAGCCCUGGUCCUAACUUACCGAUUUUGCAUCCGAAUAAAUCACCCAACAGCCCCGAGGAGGGCGGUAGUAUAACUCGGCAGGUUGGUCAACAUCGUACGAUUGAGGAAUACAAGGCCGCGUUGGUGAAGGCAGAGGACGAAAAUUACAAAUUGUUACAACAAAACGCAGACCUGAAGCGGCAAAUCCGCGAAUGUAAAUGUGGUGGGGUGGUGAGGAAGUGA